UUUCAGUCGACAACAAGUGGUAAAGUAGCCGCCUCGUGAGAUGGACAAAAACAACAGAAUUUUGAAGUUUAACUCAUAUUUCACCCAUGCUACACCAGAAUACCUUGUGUAGACAUCUUGGGCUGCAUAGAAUAUAUUCUAAAGAAAUGUUUUGGGUCGAAUUCCCCCUUAUGGAAAGCUCAAUUCUCGUAAUAUAUUUCGCUACAUACAUAGCGACCGCACAAAGGUUCUGAUGCUGGCACCAGUAUAUAAAUCUAUACUGUAUAUAUUUUUGGUCAUGUACAGCUCUGUUACACGUCGAAGGCGUGUUUUGUAGUGAGGUGUUUGAAGCUAACGCUUCAACGUUUUCGUGUAUUUUGUCCCCGAAGGCGUGCCGUAGGUGCUGCCCAAGAGAGCAGUUUGUGUUGUACGCAUGCGCAGUGCAGCUUUUCGGCUUUUUUCCCCCACGACGACAUGAACAGAUGUUUGGCUGAUUUCUCUCACUUGUUCUUUUGAGUCAAGUGCGGUGUAGUAUUAGGAGAACACCGAUUGGCCGUUGAAAUGCAACUGGCGUGGCGAAACGUUGUCACGUCAUCGGCCAAGCGACGGGAGUGAUUUGAUACAAGCGGCCAAAUCGCGGCGCUUCGGUGUCAUUUACCGAGCGAUUUGAUUCAUAACUCCUUCAAAAUGUGGAAAGAGUUGGACGACGAAGAACUGUGUGUCCCGAGAGAGGAGAGCGAAGGAAAACAACGACAUCCGGAAGCUGUUUCCAAGACUCGAAUUGUGCUACGCAUCGAAGAUACCCAGCAGCGGAUUGCUUGUCCGGUCAAAGAGGAAGUUGAAGAUCCACAGCCCCCUCAUGUUAAGGAUGGCGAGGCGCGGCCCGCCAAUGUCAAAGAGGAAGAGGAUGAGUUCCCACUGACCGUGGUGGUGGUGAAGGGUGAAGACAACGAAGACGAACCACCCGAGUCGCCACGGCUCGGUCGCCGCAGCCCGAGCGGCGACCACCGCAGAGGACCCCCGCUGUCUCGUCGCCACAUCGAAGAAUCCGUCGAUCCAGACGAGGACCAGCUCUCGGGCAGGGGGAUGGGCAAAGGACGAUUCGGCUGCUCCGUCUGCGGCAAGAGCUACGCGUACAAGUGCAGCUUGACGCGCCACGCGCAGACGCACACGGGAGAAAAACCCUUCGCUUGCUCCAUCUGCGGCGCCAAAUUCGUCCGCAAGGUGGCGCUGAUUGCGCACGCCGCCACGCACACCGGGAAGAAGUUGUUUGCGUGCGCCGUGUGCGGCAGGAGCUACUCUUACCAGAGCAGUCUGAACGCGCACAUGCAGUCGCACAACACCGAGAAGCCCUUCAGUUGCUCGGUGUGCGGCGAAGGCUUCAUUCAGAAAGUGGCUCUGAUUGCGCACACGACGACGCACACCGGAGAGAAGUCGUUCCCGUGCUCCGCGUGCGGGAAAACCUUUUCGUAUAAGAGCAACUUGAAUAUACACAUGCGCACGCACAAAGAGGAAAAGUCCUUCGGUUGCUCCGUUUGUGACAAGAGAUUCUACCUCAAGUCCAUUAUGGUGUUGCACAUGAGAACGCACAGCGGGGAAAAACCUUUCAGCUGCUCCGUUUGUGGUCAGAGGUUCACGCGGAAGGUGAAUAUGAUGAAACAUAAGAGAUCACACGCGGGACGAAAUGACACUGCAGAUGUUUUAAAUUCAAACUGAAGGUUGUAUUUCAAAUCGACCGUGGUGCCGUUUGAAGGUAUAACACUUUGCCUGCGUGUUUUCGAUGUUUAUUAUUAAAGUUCUCAUACAUGUUA